AUCCACUCCACAAAGAAUUUUUCCCGCCCUCUGCUCCAAGAGGUUUUGUUGCAGUUGGUAGCAGUUCGACGAACUAUUGAGUAUUAUUCAUAAAAUGGAGAAUAGUCAGACAGUCACCUUCAAGAGUCUGGCAUUCUACGGCUCAGUAACGUCGUUGGCGUUCGCGCCAGAGAGUCUAUUGCUCGCUGGUCGCGGAUCUACGCUCUCUAUCUACGACUGGAAGACAGGAGAUUUGCUGAAAGAUGUGAAACUUUUCAAGCGCAACAAAAUUCACGGAAUUGCCGUCGGACAGUCGCAGGUCUUGAUCUGGGGAGCUUACUCGUUCGGCUUUGUUAAUAUAAACGAUCUCCUCAAAAACUUCAAAUUCAAAGAGUUUGUGAUGAAAGACUGGUUAAUGGCAGGCCAUUGGGGCAUCGAUAACAGGGCACAUCUGGUUACAGCGCACAAUCUGCUGCUGACGAUCAGUCUGGACCGGACAAAGCUGGAGAAGGUAUCAGGAUGUGGGAACGAGUGCAGUCUAUACUCUGCAGCGGUGCACUCGACGUCUACUGAUAUCCUAGUUGCGGCGGGGACGGUGUUUGGAUCAAUAGACGUCUGGUCGGUCGAGAAAGGCGAAGUUAUUGCUGUUCUGAACGGGCAUGAGGGAUCGAUUUUCAAUGUGCAGUUUUCUAAAUCCGGUGAUAUGAUCGUCAGCUGCUCUGACGAUCGAUCGAUUCGCCUGUGGGAUAUCGCUAGUGAGACAUGCUUGGCAGUCGGAUGGGGCCAUAUGGCUCGGAUCUGGCAGCUGAAAUUUCUUGACGACUGCAUCAUCAGCACGGGAGAAGACAACACAGCUCGAGUUUGGGAGUUGAAGGGUGAUAAGCUUGAGUGUAUGCAAUUGUGGGAAGGUCAUACUGGACGAAAUGUAUGGUCUCUGGCCGUGAACGGUGCCGAUGAGAAGAUCAUAGCCACAGGUGGAGCUGAUGGUAGAAUCCGGCUCUGGAAUUCAAAGGAGCGGCCACAAUUUUUACGAAACCGAAGUUAUAAGACGUUUGAGGACAUCGAGAAAGCGAUUGGAAGGACUUGUGGUAGUAUAAAGCAGUUUAUGGCCAUUAGUUCUACCUUAUAUGCCUUCUCAACUACUGGCGGAUAUAUCCUGACGUAUGACAGAAUGCUCGACAUGUGGGAUGAGCUUUUCUUUCAUCAAAGCAUCGUCGGCUUCAGUCUGCUCAAAGGCUGGGACCACAAGCCCUACGUCGCAGUCGGUGACCGGGUCGGCAGAAUCUACGUCCUAUCUCACGAUGGCAUGAACGAUCCUUUGGUCCUGGAUCCUCCGUCCGAGAGCUGUGGUAAGACUGUGGAGAUGAUCACUUUGACUUCUGAUGAUUGUCUUUAUUUGCUGGUACAAUACGGAAAUUCACAGGCGCCCUGGUGUUUGUUUGCUCUGCAUGAGAAUGAGUUUGAUACCAUCUCUCUGCUGUACAAGUCUACUUUAGAGAGCGUUGCCACGUUCCCUUUUUCUUCAGCAAUCGUGAGCUCUUCUAAAUUCCUAGUCAUAGGAUCCAGGUUCGGAGCGUUAGCGAUGUACGACAUCAGCGACGACGCCGAGGAGAAGAAGAAUUUAGGAGUCUGGAGACGGAUUAUGUCCGAGGACUGUAUCACGAGCACUGUUGUCAUUCAGGAGGAGUCCGACGAGAUUGAUCUGCUGCUUACUUCUAGAGUGGGGCAGUAUUCAGUGUGCACUUUGCGCGGAUACAGGGCCGGGAGUGUUGAGCUGGAUAAGCUACAUCUCAAUAGAGUAGCCAAAGGUAGCAUUGAGGGGGCGAUGUACGAUAGAUCAGGCGAUUUAAUUUUCUGGGGUUUUAGAAACAACUAUUUCUUUUUAUGGAACGAAAGCAGGCAGUUUGAAAUCAUGUCUGAAGUGUGUGGUGGAUCCCAUCGGUUCUGGCAUUUUUCAUUCCAGUCACAGACUGAUUUUGGUUUUGUCUACGCAAAAUCCACGACGAUUUGCUUUGCAUUUUCGCAUUUUUGGAUGUUUGAUAGCUAUUUGAACUCGCUGGUUCAAGACGGUAGUCACGGUAGAGAGAUCAGGGCUAUAGCGACUUCCUCGACGACGAAUGACGGAGCCGCUUUGCUUGUGGCGUCAGGAGCUGAAGAUACCUGUAUUAGACUUACAAACGUAUACGAUGACGGUCGCAUAUCAAAUCUGUGCAUUGUUCGAAAACAUGUCUCGGGCAUUCAAGAGAUAAAAUGGUCAAACGAUGGUCGCUACCUAUUCACCAGCUCAGCAAGAGAGGAGUUUAUAGUCUGGCGAGUUACGAUCCGAGGAGCAGCGGUUUACAUGUAUCCGAUUGCCUCUGCGCCGAUUGAAUCUGAUGUCCCCGAUUUGCGAGUCAUGGAUUUCUUUCUCCACGAGGUUGAGGUCGAUGGUGCGCCUUACUUCUUCAUCGUGACGGUGUACUCUGAUUCGGCGAUCAAAGUAUGGAUGUUUGAUCCCCAGUCCGCGAAAUUCACGCUCAAAGCGUCAGGACGGUACAAGACCUGCUGCAUAUUCAAAGUAACCGGCGUUGUCUACGACGACGAGGUCUUGUUUUUCACGGGAAGCUCUGAUGGAUACGUUACCUGCUGGAAUCUGCAGUCUGUGCUUCAGUCUGCGUUGGAAAUGUCUCCGGAUCGAGUGCCGUUUCCUGAGAAAUCGUGGACCGCGCGGGUUCACCAGUCUAGUAUAAAGUCGAUGGAAAUCCUGGACUCGGAGUCGCUGUAUAUAGUAUCCGGAGGCGACGAUAACAGUAUCUCGAUCACCAAAGUCAACGGUACAGAGAGCGCGAGCCAAGUGCAGAAGAUAGACGCGGGCCACGCGUCUACCGUUUCAUCUAUUGUUGUCGUUGAUAAGGAAACGGUUUUGUCUACGGCUGUAGACCAAAGAAUCAGGCUCUGGAAGUUGCAGCAGACGCCGACUUCGCUGGUCAUGGCUGAGGAUGAGUAUACUACAGUUGCAGACACGGGAUGCUUGAGUUUAGGUCGUAUCGGUGAUAGUUCGAUGUUGAUCGUUGGCGGUGCGGGUUUAGCGGUUUGGAAAUGGGAUAGCUAGUCGUUUGUAUAUAUGUAAUAGUUAUGUUGGUAGUUGUUAGUGUUAUAAGAUAGUAAUUACUCGGAUC